AGAAAAUCAUUCAAAUCAACAAUAGUAGUCCACAACUGACAAAAAGUAAUUAAAUCAGCGCAAACCGCCAUAAACACACCUGUCUUCAUCUAUGAAACACACUGAAGACGCCAUAGAACCAGCAUAGAAUUUUCCAGAAAAGCCUUAUCAGUCAACAAGAAUUUUGAAUGCCCCGCUGAAUUAUCGAUUGCCAAAUCUCAAUGCCACGUUGUCAACCUUCCUCCGAUAAAUUGAGUUACAGGUUAUGGGAUUUGUUUUUGUGUUGUGUUUUGGUGUAGUUAUUCAUAAUGUCCAAAAAUAAGCUAAAUCUCACAUUGCCGCCCGGUGCCAUUGAUCAAACACCCAAUUUGACCCCAACUUCCACAACCUAUGAGGAACCUAGUCAGCCUGCACCUGUUUUCAGGCCUCCCAGUGUUGUUACAAAUGACAUAGACCACAUAACAGCCCGGUUGGAAGAGCUGGAUAUGGAUGAUAUUCAGCGAAGACGUAUAGAGGUUUUUCUCUGCCAAAAGGAAAAAAUCUCAGGCGAUUUGUCUGAUGAUGAUUUUGAAAAGCUUGGAGAGCUCGGUUCAGGGAACGGGGGCGUUGUCAACAAAGUUAGGCAUAAAUCCAGUGGCUUAAUUAUGGCCAGAAAACUUAUUCAUCUUGAAGUGAAGCCAGCCAUUAAGAAGCAAAUUAUUCGGGAGCUAAAGAUUCUUCAUGAUUGCAAUUUUGCUCAUAUUGUUGGCUUCUAUGGGGCUUUCUACAGUGAUGGUGAAAUUAGUAUUUGUAUUGAGUACAUGGAUGCAGGAUCGCUGGAUCUCAUUUUAAAGAAAGCAGGUAGAAUACCUGAAAAUAUUCUUGGCAAGAUUACUUCAGCCGUACUGAAAGGCUUGAGCUAUUUAAGAGAUAAGCAUGCUAUAAUGCACAGAGAUGUGAAACCUAGUAACAUUUUGGUUAACAGCAGUGGAGAGAUCAAAAUGUGCGAUUUCGGAGUAUCAGGGCAACUAAUUGAUUCAAUGGCUAAUUCCUUUGUUGGCACCAGAAGCUACAUGUCGCCAGAGCGUUUGCAAGGAACACAUUACUCAGUUCAAAGUGAUAUAUACUCACUGGGAUUAUCUCUAGUUGAGAUGGCUAUUGGGAUGUAUCCAAUACCGCCACCGGAUGCUAAAACCUUGGCAGCAAUAUUUGGGCAAACUAAAGAAAGCGACUCUCCUGAUGGCUCCAGAGCACCUAGGCCAAUGGCUAUUUUUGAGCUGUUAGAUUACAUUGUCAAUGAACCACCACCGAAGCUACCCUCUGGAAUUUUCUCUCAACAAUUCGAAGAUUUUGUUGAUAGGUGUCUGAGGAAAAAUCCGGAUGAAAGAGCUGAUUUGAAGACGUUAAUGAAUCAUCCAUGGAUCAAGAAAUGGGAAACUGAAGAAGUAAAUGUCGCAGAAUGGAUAUGUGAAACAAUGGAAAUACAGCCGCCAAAUAGAACUUAGUCUACUAUUGUAUGGAAUUAGGUACGCUUUGAAAUUCAUUUAUAAUAAUUUGUGGUUUAAUUUUAUUUUUUCGUAUUUUUCCUCCAAAAAAAAACCAGUGAAAUAUUAUGUUAAGAAAUGGCAUAUUAAUAAAUUAUGUAGAAUUAGUAGUAAUUUUAAUAGAAAUAAUUUGAAAGCUGUGAAACGUCUUAUCAUCUGAUGCUAAAAGUGGCCUUGUAAAAGUAACGCGUGCCACUUCAAUGUUUGCUUUAUUUUAAGUUACAUUUUAGGUGAAACUUAUAGGCCUUUUUAAAUUUUGACUGCAUGUUUUAGAAUUAGCAAAAAUAAGAUUUUUAGAGUAAAUAUAUUAUCUUUGUAUUACCGUAAGUUGAAUAACAUAUUUAUGAUCUAUGUGAUAUUUAGAUAGUAUUUAUUGUUUACAUACAUAAUAGCCUUUAGAAGCCCGUCGAAUAUUUAAUCACAUUUAUCAAUUGUAUGCAUAUACGUUUUAGGAGAAUCACAUUUUCAUCUUAUACAAAACUUUAAUUUCUAGUAAAUGUGUCUUUCAAUAGAAUUAA